CCAGCAUGCACCACGCCACCCCCUCUGGUUAUCUCACUGAUCGACAGUGGGGAGGCCUUUCUACAUCCAGCUUCGCUUUUAUUAACAACUUGAGACCUGUGCGCUUGCUGUGGCCUUCUCUAAUACUACAAUGGAGCCAUCAGGAAGUAUGAUGUCUUCACUGAGCAACCACACCUCAAACUCAACAGGUGGUGUUUGUCCAUGGGAGGUCAGUGACAAGGCCAAACUGCGGCGCUUCCUGUGCUAUGGAUCAGAGGGAGACCUAUACACUGCCAGAGAGGAAGCUCGCGUCAGCAUGGAGAGUGCCGGAGCCCUGCUGUCUCUGCUUCAGGAUGGCAGAGGCACUGAAGUGGUGGAAGACAUAAAGAGGUACAGUCAGGAUGGACAAGCUGUCAGGAUCAACCCUUCCCUUUUUGCCUUGGCUCUGUGCUCCCAGCAUUCAGAGCUAAAAACCAGGCAGGCGGCGUUCAAAGCUCUGAAGGAAGUUUGUCGGGACCCGGCACACCUCUUUGCUUUCAUCCAGUACAAGAAGGAACUGAAGGAGGGCAUGAAAUGUGGGAUCUGGGGACGCGCCCUGCGAAAAGCAGUGUCUGACUGGUACAAUGAGCAAGAUGCCAUGAGUCUGGCUGUGGCUGUGACCAAAUGUAAACAGAGGGAUGGAUGGUCACACCAGGAUCUGCUCAGACUCUCACACACCAAACCAGCUAAUGAAGCUAUUUCUUUGAUCAGCAAAUAUGUAACAAAAGGAUGGAAAGACGUCCAGGCAGGUUACGCUGACAAGGAGAACUCAGAGGAGGUUAUGAAGGUGCUUUCAUAUCUUGAAGUGGUGGAGAAGGUCAAGCACAGCUGUGAUGAAACAGAAGUCAUCAAUUUAAUAGAAGAACAUAAACUGGAGAGGGAACAGCUGCUGACGGAUCACCUAAAGUCCAAACAGGUAUGGAAAGCUUUGUUGAAGGAAAUGCCUCUCCAAUCACUGCUAAGGAUCUUGGGUAAAAUGACAUCCAACAAAAUUCUUGAACCAGGAAGUGCAGACACAGAGGCGGUAUGUGAAAGAAUCCAGAGUGAGAUGGCGCUAAAGAAAGCGAAGAUUCACCCGUUCACUAUACUCCUGGCUUCAGAAAACUAUAAAAGGGGCCAAGGCUAUCAAGGCAAAACAAAAUGGGAACCAGACAGCAGCAUCCUCACAGCCAUGGACACUGCUUUUUACAAGAGUUUUAUGUGUGUGGAGCCUGUGGGGAAACACUUUGUCGUAGCCGUGGAUGUGAGCACAUCACUGAGCAGCGUGGUCCCAGGGACGUCGAUCAGCACCGCGGUCGCUGCUGCCGCCAUUACCAUGACCUUUGCAAGAACAGAAGCAGACACACAGGUGUUGGCCUACUCUGAAGGAGCGUUGGUACCGUGCUCUGUUUCCGCCGACAUGACUCUGGCACAAGCAACAGCAGAGCUGGUGAAGAUUCCUGGUGGGAGCACUGACUGCACCCUUCCCAUCACAUGGGCCACAGAAAAUGGGAAAGCUGUAGAUGUUUUCAUUGUUUUGACCAACAACCCCAUUUGGACAUGUACUGCCAGCCCCGUGGAGGCUCUCAAGAAGCACAGACAAAAAUCGGGCACCUCCUCUAAGUUAUUGAUGUGUGGGCUGACUUCCAUCGGACACGCCAUCUCAGACACAGAAGACAGAGGUUUACUGAACAUCUGCGGCUUCGACGUCGGAGCCAUGAGCGUCAUUCGAAACCUGGCCCUGGACCUGAUCUGAUAACAUAUUGAGACUGUCUCUCAAUCAUGUAUGUUAGAGUACAAAAAGAAGGCACAAAGUGGACCAAAUUGGCUCACUUAGCAUGUAGAGUGCCCUAAAACAGCACUAACCCAAAAGAUUUUGACAUUUACAAUUCCAAUUUCUCUUUUUGUAUUAUGUCACUUACAAGUUAAUUGACAACGUGUCCAGCGGGCUGGACAACACUCUGGAAAUGUUAUGUGCAUAUAUUUUUUUCUGUAAUUUGAAAAAGACGUUAUUGGACAUGAUAUGUCAUUGCAUAUCACACUGUUAAAGAGUAUUAGUGCAACACAACACUACAGUGGGCCAUUUAGUGCUUUGAUGAGACACUAAUCCAUUCAGUGGGAGAUUCCACUCAUAGCGAAGAUGAAGCGAGAAGAGCAACAGUUGAAGAGUCAGAAUGGAAGAGGCUUAGUGCUUUGGUAGGUUUAUUUUAAGGGGAGUUCAUAUAGAUUCUAGCAUGUGUCUUUGGUAUGAUUUUAGCAGGUUUGAUGUGAUAGUGGAGGCAUUUUACAUUUAAUAGCCUGUCCCUCUGUUACAUGUAGCAUUAUUAUAAAUUAUUAACAGAUGUAAUGGACACUGAAAAAGUACCAAAAGUCAACCUAAUACUAUGACUUUUUCUGUUCUUUAAAAUGUAUUCAUUUGGUAAGUGACUUAUUUUUUUUUUAGGUAAAUCUAGAAUUAUGUUGACACGAGUCUUUCCCGUAGCCCACCCACAUUAAUAUUCAGUAGUUUUAUUGACAUUUGUUUUCUCCUUUUGCCAAGUUAUUGUAUUAACUCUGUUCUGCUCUUGUCCCGUUUACCCUGCCCUCAGUGGUCUGAUAGUCACGAGCUUUUGGGAUAUUUGGUUUGUGUUUUGUUUUAUUUUUUAUUUUAGUCAAAUGAUAAUACCAAUGUUUGGAACUCUAAGUCAGCUAACUGUAAGUCAAAGAAAUGGACAGGCUCUCAUAUUUUAUUCUGAAUUCUAUGCAUCACGGUUUGGAUUUUACUGUGUUAUGUCCAAGAAGGGCAAAUUAUAGCUAUCUAACAACUGUUUACCAAGUCUGAAUCUGCUAGCACAGUUUUGCUUAAUUUUUUAUGUAAGAAUGUACAUUAUACAAAACACAACAGAUAAUUGUUACCUUCUUGGAGCAAAAUAAAUUGAAUGUACUUUUGUAGAACGUGUAACAUUAGAGGUUUAAAGUACAACGCUUUAUAUUCCGACACAAUAAAUGCACACUGCUGACGGUGUUUAGUCUUAGGGGCCAAUUUACCUUUGGGAAAAUAUAGGCAAACAACUGCAGCAGUGUGUUUUUUUUUUUUUUUUGUUUUUUUGUUUUUUUGCAGUAAUUGCUGCAGUUACUGACAGCAGUAACAAAACUUGUCACUUUAAUCUCCAUUCUGAUGUGAUUCACUCAUCACAAAGAAAAAAAAUAAACCCCUGACCAUGUUACUGUGAAGGAUUUAUUUGUAUACACAUGGUGGCACUCAUUUUACGACAAUUUCCACUGUCUGUCAAGAGGUCAAGUACAAUUAAGAUAUUUGUAUGAUACAGUAAUUAAUGCAAGUUACGUAGUUGAAAGUCUGACAUGAGAUAGUUAUGGGGUGUGGUAGUUCUUUCACUAUCAUGGGAAACUUCAUGCCAAUCAUAUUGUCUUGUAUCUGUUUUGCCUAACAUGUAAGUACUUGACUGUAGUGGCAAUGUAAACCCCUAAUAAAUAAUUUGCUGCUCUUCAAAA